AAAAUGUCGGUCCUGAUCGAGGGCGCCCCAUGCCUCAUGGAAGUAGACUCGGGUUCCUCCAUCUCGAUCAUUUCGGAGGAAACCCUCAAGAGACUAUGCCCCCGCCGCCGCCUCCAUACGAGGCCAGCGGACUUCGUAUUAAGGGACUUUCAAAAAAACCCGGUACACAUCGUGGGGUGGGCCCGGGUGAAUGUGGAACGAGGGAGUUUUAGAGGACCCCUAGACAUCCUGGUGGUCAAGCGCCAACUGACCACACUCCUAGGGCUGGCUUGGUUCCAGCCGCUGGGAAUCCAGCUAGUGGGGGUAGACCACAUGCGGACCAGCAAUUUCGACGGGGUCUGCCGGGAGUUCCCAGAGGUCUUCGACGGGUCCCUGGGGAGCUACAAGGGGCCGCCCAUCACCCUACCGAUCGACCCAACGGUCCGGCCCAUAAGGCUCAAGGCGAGACGCGUCCCGUUCGCCCUAAAACCGAAAAUAGAGGCGGAACUGGACCGCCUCACGGCCCAAGGCGUCCUAGAGCCAGUCACAUACGCCGACUGGGAGACCCCUAUAGUGACGCCCGUAAAACCCAACGGGGAGGUGAGGAUCUGCGCUGAUUACAAGUGCACGAUCAACAAGGCUCUACAGGACAAUCCCUACCCAGUCCCGGUGGUCAGCCAUGUCCUCGCAGCGCUAGCCGGGGCGAAGGUUUUUGGGAAGCUGGACUUAGCUCAGGCAUACCAGCAACUGCCGGUCGACGCUAAGACAGCAGAGGCACAGACAAUCGUGACCCACAGGGGGGCGUUCAGGGUUAAACGGCUGCAGUUCGGCGUGAGCGUGGCUCCGGGGAUUUUCCAAAGCAUAAUGGACUCUCUCCUUAAAGGGAUCCCCGGAGUCCAGCCCUUCUUCGACGACGUUUUGAUCGCCGCCCCCACCGAAGGAGAGUUCAGCCGCCGCCUGCGAGAGGUCCUCAGACGGUUCCAGGCGGCGGGGCUGAAGGUGAAAAAAGAAAAAUGCUUGUUGGGUGUUCCGCGAGUGGAGUUCCUGGGCUUCGCAGUGGACGCAGCGGGAAUCCACCCAACCGCGGACAAGACCAAGGCCAUUGUCCAGGCCCCUGCCCCCAAAUGCAAAGCAGAACUACAGACCGCGGCGUUCCAGGCGGUCAAAGACCUCUUAGUCUCAAACGCGGUUCUUCAUCACUACGAUGAAAACCUUCCCCUGAUCCUGGCUUGCGACGCCUCUCCCUACGGGGUGGGAGCGGUCCUGGGGCACCAACUCCCGGACGGGAGGGAAGUGCCGGUCGCCUAUUACUCCAGGACUCUGUCCCCAGCCGAGAGGAACUACGCCCAGAUCGAUAAAGAGGCCCUGGCGAUCGUGGCGGGAGUCCACAAGUUCAACGACUACCUCUACGGUAGGCGCUUCACCAUUGCCACGGACCACAAGCCACUCCUCGGCCUCCUAGCCCCCGACCGGCAAACCCCCCAAAUCCUUUCACAGAGGGUUUUACGGUGGAACCAGUUCCUGAACUCGUACACCUACACGUUGGUCCACUGCCCAGGGAAAGCAAUGGGGCACGCCGAUGCCCUCAGCCGCCUGCCGCUGCCCGCCACAGACCCAGAUCCCGCCCCGGCCCACGGGGUGAUGCUUAUAGAGUCCCUCCCCGAGCGCCCACUACACGCCGAAGAGGUGGCUCGAGCUACGGGCAGAGACCGCAUCCUAGCGCGGGUCAGGGACUGGGUGGGAAGGGGGUGGCCAGCGGGCAAGGUGGAAGAUGCAUUCAGGCCAUUCACGUCCAGGAAGGACGAGCUAUCGACCCACAAGGGGUGCAUACUCUGGGGGAGCCGGGUGGUGGUUCCCCCCCCCUUGCGCAGACAGGUGUUGGAAGAUCUCCACGAGACCCACCCGGGCAUCGUGAGGAUGAAAGCCCUGGCCCGGAGUUACGUGUGGUGGCCAGGCAUGGACGAGGAA